CACUCUGAGAGCCAGAGAGAGAGAGAGUGAGAUAGAGAGGUGUAGCAAGGAGAGAGAGAGAGGGGUGUUGCGAAUAGAGAAAGAUAGCAAGGAAAGAGAGACAGAGAGAGAUUUUUGUGCAAAGGACUAAAAGAGAAAUAGAGUUAGAGAACAGGAGGAUUUUCUGGCUUUUCUCUCAGAGCUGCAGAUAGAACCGGGAGAAGAGAAAACAGAAAGAUGGCAGAAGGAGGAGAAGGAGAGGAGGAGAUUCAGUUCCUUCGCACGGAUGACCAGGUGGUGCUACAGUGCACUGCUUCUGUCCUGAAGGAGCAGAUCAAACUGUGUCUGGCCUGUGAAGGCUUCGGGAAUCGACUAUGUUACCUGGAGACCACGUCCAACGCUCAGAACUGUCCACCAGAUCUGGCCAUCUGUGCCUUCGUCCUGGAACAGUCCCUGUCUGUACGUGCGCUGCAGGAGAUGCUGGCUAACACCGUGGACAUGAGUGAGUCAUCCCAAGGAGGAGGCCACCGCACGCUGCUGUACGGCCAUGCUAUCCUGCUCAGACACUACCACUCUAGCAUGUAUCUGAGCUGCCUGACGACGUCUCGGUCACUAACAGAUAAGCUGUCCUUCGAUGUGGGCCUGCAAGAAGACUGCGUAGGCGAGGCGUGUUGGUGGACGAUUCACCCAGCGUCCAAACAGAGGUCAGAGGGAGAGAAGGUCAGGGUAGGAGAUGACCUCAUCCUGGUCAGCGUCUCCUCAGAGAGAUACCUUCAUCUGUCCUAUGCCAGUGGUGAUCUGAUGGUAGAUGCGUCCUUCAUGCAGACUCUAUGGAACAUGAACCCUGUGUGUUCAGGCUGCGAGCUGGCUGAGGGCUUCCUGGCCGGAGGUCAAGUCCUCAGACUGUUCCACGGUCACAUGGACGAGUGUCUGGCCAUCUCCAUGCCUGACGACGGGGACGACAAACGCAGCACCGCCCACUAUGAAGGAGGAGCCGUGUGUAGCCAGGCCCGUUCUUUAUGGAGACUGGAGCCUCUGAGAAUCAGCUGGAGCGGCAGCCACAUGAAGUGUGGCCAGUCGUUCCGUGUGCGCCACAUCACCACGGGCCGUUACCUCUGUCUGGACGAGGAGAAGGGCCUGAUGGUCCUCGACCCUGAGAGGGCCAACACCAAACUGUCUGCCUUCAGCUUCCGCGUGUCAAAGGAGAAGGUGGAACAGGCUCGUAAGCGAGACGUGGAGGGAAUGGGCAUCCCAGAGAUCAAGUAUGGAGAGUCCAUGUGUUUUGUCCAGCACGUGUCCACCAGCCUGUGGCUUACCUACGCCUCCCUGGAUGCUAAGGCUGCUCGCCUGGGGACCAUGAAGAGGAAGGCCAUUCUGCACCAAGAGGGUCACAUGGACGAUGCCCUGACUGUGGCCCGGUCCCAGACAGAGGAGUCUCAGGCUGCUAGGAUGAUCUUUAGCACCACAGGACUCUUCAGGCAGUUCAUCAAGGGUCUGGACUCCCUGCAGGGGAAGAAUAAGUCCCCUGUCCCCGUGCCUCUACCCCUGGACGGGGUCGUCCUCUCCCUGCAGGACCUUAUCUUCUACUUCCGUCCCCCCGAAGACGAGCUGGAACACGAGGAGAAACAGACAAAGCUGCGCUCCCUCCGAAACCGACAGAACCUCUUCCAAGAGGAGGGUAUGAUCACCAUCGUGCUAGAGUGUAUCGACCGUCUGAACGUUUACAACACUGCUGCUCACUUCUCUGAGUUCGCCGGAGAGGAGGCCGCUGAGUCCUGGAAGGAGAUUGUCAACUUGCUCUAUGAGCUGCUGGCCUCUCUGAUCAGGGGGAACCGUUCUAACUGUGCGCUGUUCUGUGAUAACCUGGACUGGCUGGUCAGCAAACUGGACCGGUUGGAGGCGUCUUCAGGUAUCUUGGAGGUGUUGCACUGUGUUCUGAUUGAGAGUCCAGAGGUUCUGAACAUCAUUCAGGAGAACCACAUCAAAUCUAUCAUCUCUUUGCUGGACAAACAUGGCAGAAACCACAAGGUGUUGGACGUGCUCCGGUCUCUUUGUGUGUGUAACGGUGUGGCUGUAAGGUCCAAUCAGAACCUCAUCACAGAGAAUCUAUUUCCAGGUCGCGAUCUCCUAUUGCAGACCAACAUCGUCAACUACGUAACCAGUGUGAGGCCCAACAUCUUCCUGGGAACCUGCGAAGGCUCUACUCAGUAUAAGAAGUGGUACUUUGAAAUGAUGGUAGACUAUGUGGAGCCUUUUGUGACAGCCACACCCUCUCACCUGCGUGUGGGCUGGGCCCUGACGGAGGGGUACUCCCCCUAUCCUGGGGGCGGAGAGGGCUGGGGUGGCAACGGAGUGGGGGAUGACCUCUACUCGUACGGCUUCGAUGGACUGCACCUGUGGUCAGGUCACGUCCCCCGCCAGGUGGCGUCUCCCAAUCAGCAUGCCCUAGCAGCUGAUGAUGUGGUGUCGUGCUGUCUGGAUCUGAGCGUGCCCAGUAUCUCGUUCCGGGUCAACGGUCACCCGGUCCAGGGCAUGUUCGAGAACUUCAACGUGGAUGGACUGUUCUUCCCCGUCAUCAGUUUCUCUGCUGGAGUCAAAGCUCGUUUACUGUUGGGUGGUCGCCAUGGAGACUUUAAGUUCCUGCCCCCCCCGGGCUAUGCUCCGUGCUACGAGGCUCUGCUACCCAAGGACAGGAUGAGGAUCGAACCCAUCAAGGAGUACAAACACGACUUUGACGGAGUCCGAAACUUGCUGGGGCCAACCCAGUCCCUCACACACACAUCCUUUACCCCAAAUCCCGUAGACACUGCUCAGAUCGUGUUGCCGCCCCACCUGGAGAAGAUCAGGGAGAAGCUGGCAGAGAACAUCCACUCGCUGUGGGCCAUCACGCGCAUCGAGCAGGGCUGGACUUAUGGAAUAUUCAGAGACGACAACAAGAAGCUGCAUCCCUGUCUGGUCGACUUCCAGACCCUUCCUGAACCUGAGAGGAACUACAAUCUGCAGAUGUCUGGGGAAACACUUAAGACUCUGCUGGCCCUGGGCUGCCAUGUGGGCAUGGGGGAUGAGAAGGCAGAGGAGAACCUGAAGAUCAUCAAGAUGCCAAAGACCUAUAUAAUGAGCAAUGGAUUUAAGCCCGCCCCCCUGGAUCUGAACCACGUCAAGCUGACGCCCAAUCAAAACCAGCUGGUGGAGAAGCUGGCGGAGAACGGUCACAACGUGUGGGCACGGGACCGCGUGCGCCAGGGCUGGACGUACAGCAUCGUGCAGGACAUCAUGAACAAGCGUAACCCCCGUCUGGUUCCUUAUAACCUGCUGGAUGAGAGAACCAAGAAGACCAACCGAGACAGCGUCAACAACGCUGUGCGCACUCUCAUUGGCUACGGAUACAACAUCGAGCCUCCAGACCAGGAGAGCACUGGCCUCGGCCUGGAUGACGUGCGGGGGGAUAAGGUACGUAUCUUCCGUGCUGAGAAGUCCUACGCGGUCACGUCUGGGAAGUGGUACUUUGAGUUUGAGGCGGUGACGACCGAAGAGAUGAGAGUGGGCUGGGCCCGACCCAACGUCAGGGCUGACAAUGAGCUGGGAGCAGACGAGCUGGCCUGGGUCUUCAACGGAAAAACGGCCCAGCGCUGGCACGUGGGCAAUGACCCGUUUGGUCGCCAGUGGCAGUCGGGUGACGUGGUGGGGUGCAUGAUCGACCUGACCGAACAAAAUAUCAUGUUCACCCUGAACGGAGAGAUGCUCAUCAGCGACUCUGGCUCAGACAUGGCUUUCAAGGACAUCGAGAUAGGGGAAGGCUUCAUCCCAGUGUGCACCCUGGGCCUGUCCCAGGUGGGCAGGAUCAACCUGGGUCAGAACGUCAGCAGUCUGCGCUACUUCGCCAUCUGUGGUCUCCAGGAGGGCUUCGAACCAUUUGCCAUCAACAUGAAGAGAGACAUUACCAUGUGGUUCAGCAAGAGCCUGCCACAGUUCGCCCCUGUGCCAACUAACCACCAACACAUUGAGGUGUCCCGCGUGGACGGGACAGUGGACAGCGCUCCCUGCCUGAAGCUGACCCACAAGACGUUCGGCUCCCAGAAUGCCAACACUGACAUGCUGUUCCUCCGCCUGAGCAUGCCCGUGGAGUUUGACGAGGUCUUCAAGAUCACAGCCGGGACCACGCCGCUGACCCGCACUAUGACCAUCCACGAGGACGAGGUUCUGGAGGUGGAGCCGGACUCUGAGUUUGAGGUUCUGAAGAAGUCGGCCAGUAAGAAGGAGCAGGAAGAGAAGGAAAAGGAACCAUCUGUCGCCAAGGAGACGCCCGAGAUAGAGAAGGACGCGAUGUCAGAGAAGGGCAAGAAGAGAGGGUUGUUUGCUAGGGCUAAGAAGGCAGCUACCAUCAACCCUCCCCCAACCCCUCCCUUGGUGCCACGGUUACAGCAGGACGUGGUCCCAGAUGACAGAGAUGAUGUGGAGAUUAUCCAGAAUACCACCACGUACUACUACUCGGUGAGAAUCUUCGCUGGCCAGGAGCCCACUGGGGUGUGGAUCGGCUGGGUAACCCCCGACUACCACAUGUACGACCCCAACUUUGACCUCUCCAAGGUCCGGAACGUCACCUUGACCGUUGGAGACGACAAGGGCAACAUCCACGACAGUAUGAAGCAUAGUAACUGCUACAUGGUGUGGGGAGGAGACAUCGGCAACAGCUCCCAGCAGGCCAGGUUCAGCCAGGAGGACACUGUGGUUGGCUGCCUGGUCGACCUGGCAACAGGCCUCAUGACAUUCACAGCCAAUGGGAAGGAGAUAAACACCUUCUACCAGGUGGAGCCCAACACAAAGCUGUUUCCUGCUGUGUUCGUCCAGCCCUCCAGUCAGAACAUGGUACAGCUGGAGCUGGGGAAACUCAGGAACAUCAUGCCAAUCUCAGCAGCCAUGUUCCGCAGUGAGCGUAAGAACCCAGUGCCCCAGUGUCCUCCUCGGCUGGACAUUCAGAUGCUGACCCCCGUCAUCUGGUCCCGCAUGCCCAACCACUUCCUGGACCCAGAGGUCGGCAGGGUCAGCGAGAGGCUGGGCUGGAUGGUGGAGUGUACCGAACCCCUCACCAUGAUGGCCCUGCACAUACCUGAGGAGAACAGGUGUAUAGACAUCCUGGAGUUGUCUGAGCGCCUGGAUCUGCUGAAGUUCCACUUCCAUACUCUGAUGUUGUACUGUGCUGUCUGCGCUCUGGGCAACAACCGUGUAGCACACGCCCUCUGCUCGCACGUUGACGAAUCACAGCUCUUCUACGCCAUGGAGAACACCUACCUGCCCGGUCCCCUUCGCAGCGGGUUCUACGACCUGCUGAUCUCCAUCCACCUGGAGUCAGCUAAACGGGCACGGCUGGGUACCAACCGGGAGUUCAUUGUGCCCAUGUCCGCCGAGACCCUCAGCAUCACCCUGUACCCUGACGCUGAGAAGGCCUCUGACCUUCCUGGGGUGGGGUUAACUACCUGUCUUAGACCCAAGCUGCACUUCUCAACCAUCAACUUUGUUGGGACGGAUCCUGACCUGUACACUCUCAGCCCCGUCUUCCCUCUUCAGGAACUGAAGACGAAAGCCAUCAGCAUGUUGACAGAGGCGGUUCUGGAUGGUAGCCAGGCUAUGAGAGACCCAGUAGGGGGCAGCGUAGAGUUCCACUUCGUCCCAAUCCUGAAGCUCAUCAGCACUCUCCUCAUCAUGGGCAUCUUCAACGAUGAAGACGUCAAACACAUCCUCAAGAUGAUCGACCCCAAUGUGUUCGCUGGGAAGAAAGAGGAGGUGGAGGAGGGAGACGAGGCAGAGGAUGCUACCGCCAAGGAAGAGGGUGAAGAAGUGAAGGAGAAAGAAGAGGAGGAGGCAGAUGAUGAAGGAGUAGGGGAGGAGGAAGAAGAGGAUGAGGAACUGAAACACCUCGAGAAAGAAGAGGAGGGGGAGGCGGAGGAGGAGGAAGGGGAGAAGGAACACGAGGAGGAGGAGAAGGAGAAAGAGGAAGACGGGGAGGAAAAUGUGAUGACAGAAGAGGAGGUAGCGGCGAUCGAGUUGGAGCUGGAGAAGGAAGAGGCGGCUUUGGAGGAGGGACUACUGCAGAUGAAACUACCAGAGUCUGUCAAACUGCAGAUGUGUACGCUGCUGCAGUACUUCUGUGACUGUGAACUGAGGCACAGAGUGGAGGCUAUCGUGGCGUACUCGGAUCAGUUUGUCAACGCCAUUCAGACCAAUCAGAGAGUUCGCUAUAACCUGCUGAUGCAGGCCUUCUCCAUGAGCGCUGCCGAGACCGCACGCAAGACACGAGAGUUCCGCUCCCCACCUCAAGACCAGGUGAUUCUGCUGACUAACUUCAAGCAUGGUCCAGAGGAGGAGGAGUGCCCAGUACCGGAGGAGACCAGAGACACACUGACCGAAUUCCACACUGACAUCCUUAUACAUUGUGGCGUGCACAUCGAGGCGGAAGAGGAGGAGGAGGAGGUGGACACCUCUCUGAGAGGGCGCCUUGGCCGGCUGAUGGGCAAGGUGAAUAACUUGAGGAAGAAAAAGGAGGUGGUGGAGGAGCCAGAAGAGGAGGAGGAGGUCAAACCCAGCACUCUCCAGGAGUUGAUCUCCCAUACCAUGAUCCACUGGGCCCAAGAGGCCUUCAUUCAGAACCCUGAGCUGGUGCGUCUGAUGUUCAGCCUGCUCCACAGGCAGUAUGAUGGGCUGGGAGAGCUGACCAGAGCCCUGCCGAAAGCCUACGCCAUCAACGCCAUAUCUGUCCAGGACACAAUGGACUUGUUGGAGUGCUUGGGCCAGAUCAGAUCUCUGCUCAUCGUUCAGAUGGGCCCCGAGGAGGAGAGGCUCAUGAUCCAGAGCAUCGGGAACAUAAUGAACAACAAGGUGUUCUACCAGCACCCUAACCUGAUGAGGGCUCUGGGGAUGCAUGAGACUGUCAUGGAGGUGAUGGUUAACGUGCUGGGAGGAGGUGGGGAUUCCAAGGAGAUCCGGUUCCCCCAGAUGGUGACCAACUGCUGUCGGUUCCUGUGUUACUUCUGUCGCAUCAGCCGUCAGAACCAGAGGUCCAUGUUUGAUCACCUCAGCUACCUGCUGCAGAACAGCGGCAUCGGUCUAGGUAUGCGUGGCUCCACCCCUCUGGAUGUGGCUGCAGCUUCCUGCAUCGACAACAACGAGCUGGCCUUAGCUCUACAGGAGCAGGACUUGGAGAAGGUGGUGACCUAUCUGGCGGGCUGUGGACUACAGAGCUGUCCCAUGCUCCUAUCUAAGGGCUACCCUGACAUCGGCUGGAAUCCCUGUGGGGGAGAGAAAUACCUCGACUUCCUGCGCUUUGCCGUCUUUGUCAACGGAGAGAGUGUGGAGGAGAAUGCCAACGUGGUGGUGCGUCUACUGAUUCGUCGGCCAGAGUGUUUUGGCCCCGCCCUGAGAGGAGAGGGGGGUGCUGGUCUGCUGGCGGCAAUAGAGGAGGCCAUCAAGAUCUCAGAGGACCCGGCCAGGGACGGACCUACUGUCAAGAAGGACAGGCGGUUCCCCAUGUUUGGUGGUGAGGAGCAGCAAGAGGAGAACCGCGUCCAUCUUGGAAACGCCAUCAUGUCCUUCUACUCUGCCCUCAUCGAUCUGCUGGGACGCUGUGCACCUGAGAUGCACUUGAUCCAGGCGUGUAAAGGUGAGGCUCUGAGGAUCCGGGCCAUCCUGAGAUCUCUGGUUCCUAUAGAAGACCUGGUUGGAGUCAUCAGUCUGUCUGUACAGAUACCUGACUACGGGAAAGAUGGUCACACCAUAGAGCCUAAGAUGUCUGCGAGCUUUGUCCCGGACCACAAGGCGUCCAUGGUGCUGUUCCUGGACCGUGUGUAUGGUAUCGACAACCAGGACUUCCUGCUUCAUGUUCUGGAGGUGGGCUUCCUGCCAGACAUGAGAGCUGCCGCAUCCCUGGACACGCUGGCAUUCAGCACCACAGAGAUGGCUCUGGCUCUGAACCGCUACCUGUGUUCCGCUGUGCUGCCCCUCAUCACCAAGUGUGCCCCUCUGUUCGCGGGCACCGACCACCGCGCCAUCAUGAUUGACUCCAUGUUGCACACCAUCUAUAGGCUGUCCCGCGGGCGAGCCCUCACCAAGGCUCAGAGAGACGUCAUCGAGGAGUGCCUCAUGUCCCUCGUCAAGUACCUUCGACCUUCCAUGCUGCAGCAUCUGCUGAGGAAGCUGGUGUUUGACGUGCCAAUACUCAACGAGUUUGCUAAGAUGCCUCUGAAGCUCCUGACCAAUCACUAUGAGCGUUGUUGGAAGUACUACUGCCUGCCUAACGGUUGGGCCAACUUUGGGGUGUCGUCAGAGGAGGAGCUGCACCUGUCGCGGAAACUCUUCUGGGGAAUCUUCGAGUCUCUGGCGCACAAGAAAUUCGAUGCCGAGCUGUUUAAGAUCGCCAUGCCAUGUAUCUGUGCCAUCGCUGGCGCCAUCCCCCCUGACUAUGUGGACGCCAGCUACUCCUCCAACACGGAGAAGAAGGCUUCGGUGGACGCCGAGGGGAACUUUGACCCCAAACCCGUGGAGACCACCAACACCAUUAUCCCAGAGAAGCUGGAUGCCUUCAUCAACAAGUAUGCAGAACACACUCACGACAAGUGGGCCUUCGAAAAGAUCCAGAACAACUGGUCGUACGGAGAGGUGCUGGAUGAAAACGCCAAGACACACCCCAUGCUGCGUCCCUACAAGACUUUUUCCGAGAAGGACAAGGAGAUCUACCGUUGGCCUAUCAAGGAGUCCGUUAAGGCCAUGCUGGCCUGGGAGUGGACGAUGGAGAAGGCUCAAGCAGGGGAGGGAGAGAAGGUGGAGCUGAAGACCUCCACACGGAAGAUCUCCCAGACUGCUCAGGCGACCUAUGACCCCAGCCAUGGCUACAGCCCUUCGCCUGUGGACAUCACUGCCAUGGCGCUGUCCAGGGAGCUGCAGUCCAUGGCUGAGCAGCUGGCUGAAAACUACCACAACACCUGGGGUAGGAAGAAGAAGAUGGAGCUGAUGGGAAAAGGUGGCGGUUCCCAUCCCCUGCUGGUACCCUAUGACACCUUGACGGCUAAGGAGAAGGCCAGAGACAGAGAGAAAGCCCAGGACCUUCUCAAGUUCCUGCAGCUCAACGGAUACGCCGUCACUAGGGGCCCGAAGGACAUGGAACAGGACAUCUCCUCCAUAGAGAAGAGGUUUGCCUAUGGUUUCCUCCAGAAGCUACUGAAGUGGAUGGAUAUUGCCCAGGAGUUCAUUGCCCAUCUGGAGGCUGUGGUUAGCAGUGGCAGAGUGGAGAAGUCUCCACACGAACAGGAGAUCAAGUUCUUUGCCAAAAUUCUCCUGCCGCUGGUUAACCAAUACUUUAAGAACCACUGCCUCUACUUCCUCUCCACACCUGCCAAGUUGCUGGGCAGUGGAGGCCACUCCUCCAACAAGGAGAAGGAAAUGAUCGCCAGUAUCUUCUGUAAGUUGGCAGCUCUGGUGAGACACAGAGUAUCUCUCUUUGGAACGGAUGCUGGCGCGGUGGUGAAUUGUCUGCACAUCCUGUCACGAUCACUGGACGCCAGGACGGUAAUGAAGUCAGGUCCUGAGAUUGUGAAGGCAGGACUGCGUCAGUUCUUUGAGAGCGCUGCAGACGACAUAGAGAAGAUGGUGGAGAAUCUGAAGCUGGGCAAGGUUUCUAGCAGGAACCAGGUGAAGGGUGUGUCCCAGAACAUCAACUACACCACCAUCGCCCUGCUCCCUGUCCUGACCACCCUGUUCGACCACAUCGCCCAGCACCAGUUUGGGGACGACGUCAUCUUGGAUGACCUUCAGAUCUCGUGUUACAGGAUCAUGUGUUCCAUCUACUCGCUGGGCACCGUGAAGACGCCUCACGCUGAGAAGCAGAGGCCGGCUCUGGGGGAGUGUCUGGCUAAUCUUGCCGCUGCCAUGCCUGUGGCCUACCUGGAGCCUGGGCUCAACGAGUACAACGCCUACUCUGUGUACACCACGAAGACACCCAGAGAGAGAGGCAUCCUGGGCCUGCCCAGCCAAGUAGAGGAGCUGUGUACGGACAUCCCAGAGCUAGAUGUCCUGAUGAAGGAGAUCGGGGACCUGGCAGAGUCAGGGGCUCGCUACACUGAGAUGCCCCACGUUAUCGAGAUCACCCUGCCCAUGCUGUGUAACUACCUUCCCCGUUGGUGGGAGAGAGGUCUGGAGAACUACCCCGACCUGGACGGACAGCUCUGUACUGACGUCACCUCAGAGCAACUCAACCAGUUGCUGGGCAACAUCAUGAAGAUAGUGGUGAAUAAUCUGGGGAUAGACGAAGCCUCCUGGAUGAAACGCCUGGCAGUGUUUGCCCAGCCCAUCGUUAGCAGGGCCAAGCCUGAGAUGUUGAAGUCUCAUUUCAUCCCGACCAUGGAGAAACUGAAGAAACGGAGUGGGAAGGUGGUGGCCGAGGAGGAGCAGCUGAGACUGGAGGGGAAGUCUGAGGUGGACAGUGAGGAAGGAACCAUUAGGGAUGAGUUUGCUGUUCUCUGCAGAGACCUCUACGCUCUGUACCCUCUACUGAUCAGAUAUGUGGAUAACAACAGGGCUCGAUGGUUGACCUGUCCAGACCCAGAUGCUGAGGAACUCUUCAGGAUGGUUGGAGAGGUGUUCAUCUUCUGGUCCAAGUCUCAUAACUUCAAGCGUGAGGAGCAGAACUUUGUGGUAAUGAAUGAGAUCAACAACAUGUCUUUCCUGACCGCUGACAGCAAGAGUAAGAUGAGCAAGGCCGGCGGGGAAGAGGCUGGAGGUUCUGAUGUGGAGCGUACCAAGAAGAAGCGAAGGGGGGACCGCUAUUCGGUGCAGACAUCUCUGAUCGUAGCGGCGCUGAAGAAGAUGCUUCCUAUUGGCCUCAACAUGUGUUCCCCUGCUGACCAGGAACUGAUUAACCUGGCCAAGAUACGCUACAGCCUGAAAGACACAGAUGAGGAGGUGAGAGAGUUUCUACAGAACAACAUGCAUCUACAGGGCAAGGUGGAGGACCCGUCAAUGCGCUGGCAGAUGGCGCUCUAUAAGGAGACGUCAGGGAAGGCUGAGGAUGCUGAGGACCCCGAGAAGGUGGUCAAGAGAGUCCAGGAGGUGUCCGCUGUCCUCUACCACAUAGAGGUGACGGAGCACCCGUACAAGUCUAAGAAGAUGGUUUGGCACAAGCUGCUUUCUAAACAACGGCGCAAAGCUGUUGUGGCCUGCUUCAGGAUGUCACCCCUCUACAACAUCCCCAGGCACCGGGGGUCCAACAUGUUCCUGAAUGGGUACAAGAGGAAUUGGCUGCAGACUGAAGGAUACCAGUUUGAAGACCGUAUGAUCGAUGACUUGUCUAAAGCCAUGGAGGAGGAGGAGCUGGGAGAAGAGGGAGAGGAAGAGGCAGAAACUAAACCUGACCCUCUGCAUCAGCUCAUCCUACACUUCAGCCGGACCGCUCUCACGGAGAAGAGCAAACUGGAAGUAGACUACUUAUACAUGGCUUAUGCUGACAUUAUGGCCAAGAGUUGCCACAUCGGUGAGGAGGAGGAAGGGGAAGAGGAGGAGGCCUUUGAAGUGACCCAGACUGAGAUGGAGAAGGAGAUGGAGAAGCAGAGGCUCCUGUAUCAGCAGUCACGUCUCCACAACAGAGGAGCUGCAGAGAUGGUGCUGCAGAUGAUCAGUGCCUGCAGAGGUACAGGGCUCAGACCCAGCUCCACCCUGAAGCUGGGGAUCUCAAUCCUCAACACAGGCAACUGUGACGUACAACAGAGGAUGCUGGACUACCUGAAGGACAAAAAGGAUGUUGGCUUCUUCCUGAGUAUUCAGGCUCUGAUGCAGACCUGCAGCGUUCUAGACCUGAAUGCCUUUGAGAGACAGAACAAGGCAGAGGGCCUUGGUAUGGUGUCAGAGGAGGGAUCAAAUAUGAAGCUUGAACGUGAUGAGAAGGUCAUGGCGGAUGAUGAGUUCACCUGUGACCUGUUCCGCUUCCUGCAGCUGCUCUGUGAGGGACACAACAACGAUUUCCAGAACUAUCUGCGUACCCAGACUGGCAGCACCACCACCAUCAACAUCAUCAUCUGCACUGUGGACUACCUGCUCCGUCUGCAGGAGUCUAUCAGUGAUUUCUACUGGUACUACUCUGGGAAGGACAUCAUAGACGAGCCAGGAAAGAGGAACUUCUCCAAGGCCAUGAUUGUGGCUAAACAGGUGUUCAACAGUCUGACUGAGUAUAUCCAGGGUCCAUGUACGGGGAACCAGCAGUCUUUGGCCCACAGCAGGUUGUGGGACGCUGUGGUUGGCUUCCUGCACGUCUUUGCUCACAUGAUGAUGAAGCUGGCUCAGAGUUGUAAAGACUCCAGUCAGAUUGGUCUGCUGAAGGAACUCCUGGACCUGCAGAAAGACAUGGUGGUCAUGCUGUUGUCUCUACUGGAAGGCAACGUGGUGAACGGCACCAUCGCCCGUCAGAUGGUGGACAUGCUGGUGGAGUCCUCCAGUAAUGUGGAGAUGAUCCUCAAGUUCUUCGACAUGUUCCUCAAGCUGAAGGACAUCACCGGGUCUGACGCCUUCAGAGACUACGUGACCGACCCCCGAGGCCUCAUCUCCAAGAAGGACUUCUACAAGGCCAUGGACAGCCAGAAGCAGUACUCUCCGUCUGAGAUCCAGUUCCUUCUGUCUUGUUCCGAGGCCGACGAGAACGAGAUGAUCAACUUUGAGGAGUUUGCCGACCGCUUCCAGGAGCCGGCCAAGGACAUCGGCUUCAACAUUGCCGUGCUGCUCACCAACCUGUCUGAGCACGUACCCCACGAUACGCGACUACAGAACUUUCUGGAGCAAGCCGAGAGCGUCCUCAACUACUUUAGACCCUUCCUUGGCCGGAUAGAGAUCAUGGGAGCGAGCAGGAAGAUCGAGAGGAUCUAUUUUGAGAUCAGCGAGGCCAACAGGAACCAGUGGGAGAUGCCGCAGGUCAGAGAGUCCAAGAGACAGUUCAUCUUCGACGUGGUCAACGAGGGCGGGGAGAGCGAGAAGAUGGAGUUGUUUGUCAACUUCUGCGAGGACACCAUCUUUGAGAUGAACAUAGCCUCACAGAUUUCUGAGGAGGAGGAAGAGGAGGUGGUAGACUCAGAGGAUGAAGAGGAAGAAGGAGGAGGAGGAGGAGGAGAGUUGGACGAAAAUGGAGAAGAGAUUGCUCCCGAGUCGAGCUCGGCGUUCUCUGACUUCCUGACAAGCGUGGCGAACUUCUUCAACAUGUUCACCUUCAGGAAUCUACGGCGGCGCUACCGCAAGCUUAGGAAGAUGACUCUGAAGGAUAUGGUGGUGGGCGUGGCCACGUUCAUCUACACCAUCCUGUUUGGUAUCCUGUCUUUCAUCUACAGUGUGUGUAAGGGCUUCUUCAUGCUGAUCUGGAGCACCCUGUUUGGAGGAGAACUGGUAGAGGGUGCCAAGAAGAUCACGGUGACUGAGCUUUUGGCCAGUAUGCCGGACCCAACGCAAGAUGAGGUGCACGACGAACUGCCACCUGAGCCAGGUGCCGAUGAGGGUCAGGAGGGGAUAGACGGAGGAGAGGAAAGAGACGUGGGAGGAGGAGAGGAAGGAGAGGAGGGAGGGGAUGGUGAGGAGAAGGAGGGAGGACGGAUGCCUGGGUUCGACACCCCUGGAGGGCUGGGAGACUUUGGGGAGACCACAACUGUAGAGCCCCCUACUCCAGAAGGAACCCCACUGCUCAAGAGGAAACUGCUGGAAGCAACGUCCGGAGGAGAGGGUGAAGAAAUACAAGAGCCAGAACCAGAGGAAGAGACACCCCCAGAGGAGGAGAAGGCUGACAAUGAGAAUGGAGAGAAGGCAGAGAAGGAGGCUGAGCCCGUGGUAAAAGAGGAAGAAGCGGAAGUGAAGGAGGAAACAUUGAAGACCAAGGCAAAGAAGGAGAAGAAACCUGCAGAGGAGGGCUAUGAGCUUUGGAAUGAGCUGGAGAUCCAGAGGAUCAAAUUCAUGAACUAUCUGUCUCGUAACUUCUACAACCUGCGCUUCCUGGCUCUCUUCAUCGCCUUUGCCCUCAACUUCAUCCUGCUCUUCUACAAGGUUGGAUAUGAUGUAGAGGAGGGGUCAGAAGACAUUGAGGGCUCCGCCCUGUUUGAGGGAUCCGCCGCGUUCGAGGGUUCUGGGUUGUUCGAGGGUUCCGGAGCUGUGGAUGAGGGCGGUUCUGGGAUUGAUCCAUUUGACGAUGGUGGUGAUGAUGACGGUGGCGAUGAUGAUGAUGAGGAGGAAGGACCAUUUUUUUUCUACUUGGAGGAGAGUACAGGCUACAUGCAGCCCUGUUUGUCCAUGCUGGCCAUCAUACACACUGUCAUCGCUUUCCUCUGUAUCAUUGGAUACAACUGCCUCAAGGUUCCUCUGGUCAUCUUUAAGAGGGAAAAGGAGCUGGCUAGGAAGCUGGAGUUUGAUGGUCUCUAUGUCACCGAGCAACCAGAAGACGAUGACAUCAAGGGACAGUGGGACCGACUGGUGCUCAACACCCCGUCAUUCCCUAACAACUACUGGGACAAGUUUGUGAAGACAAAGGUGCUUGCUAAGUACGGAGACAUAUACGGUAGGGAGAGGAUCGCAGAGCUGCUUGGGAUGGACCUGGCCUCUCUAGAUGUCAGCGCCAUGACACAAGAGAAGAAACCCGAACCAGAAAGUGGCAUGUUAAGCUGGAUUAUCUCCAUUGAUAUCAAAUACCAGAUUUGGAAGUUCGGGGUGGUCUUCACUGACAACACGUUCCUCUAUCUAGUCUGGUACAUGGUCAUGUCUCUGCUGGGCCACUUCAACAACUUCUUCUUCGCCUGUCACUUGAUGGACAUCGCCGUCGGUGUCAAAGAUUUGCGCACCAUCCUCUCCUCCGUCACACACAACGGCAAACAGCUGAUGAUGACGGUGGGUCUACUGGCUGUGGUGGUGUAUCUUUACACCGUCGUGGCAUUCAACUUCUUCAGGAAGUUCUACAACAUGAGCGAGGACGAGGAUGAACCGGACAUGAAGUGUGAUGACAUGAUGACCUGUUACCUGUUCCACAUGUACGUGGGUGUGCGUGCCGGCGGGGGUAUAGGAGACGAGAUCGAGGACCCGGCGGGCGAUGAGUACGAGCUCUACCGUGUCGUCUUCGACAUCACCUUCUUCUUCUUCGUAAUCGUCAUCCUGCUGGCUAUCAUCCAGGGUCUGAUCAUUGAUGCAUUUGGCGAGCUGAGAGACCAACAAGAGCAGGUCAGAGAGAACAUGGAGACGCAGUGCUUCAUCUGUGGUAUCGGUAGCGACUACUUUGAUACAACUCCUCAUGGCUUCGAAACGCACACCUUGGAAGAGCAUAACUUAGCCAACUAUAUGUUCUUCCUGAUGUACCUAAUCAAUAAAGAUGAAACGGAGCACACAGGACAGGAGUCGUAUGUGUGGAAGAUGUAUCAAGAGAGAUGCUGGGACUUCUUCCCUGCUGGAGACUGUUUCAGGAAGACGUAUGAGGAUCAGCUGGCCUAGUGGGAUAAAUCCUGUCUAUCUGGGUGGGAGAGAGAGAGGGAGAGAGAGAGGGAGAGAGAGAGAAUGAGAAAGUUAAGGAAAUAUAGAAGGUAUUAGAAGGUAUUAGGGAAUAGAUGUGGGUUUGAAGGGUUGUUUCUGUGUCAUAUUUCUCUGUGAUCUCCUGUCUUGACACGCCUGCAGCAAUAUUCUGAUAGACUGAAUAAGAUGAGGAGAUGAAGAGUCCCAAGGGCUUUUAACCCUGUAAAUACACUUCAUGGCCUUUUUCUGUGUGAAAUAUAGAUAUGCUGUCUUGACUGAAUUCAAACACACACACCCACACACACACAUACACACACACAGCGCUGCCUCUCUGUCAGUGUGUGUUUCUGUAGAGCUGAAUACAGCAUAGUGCCUAACUCUCAUGGUAAACAAACGUGCUUUAAUGUCUUAAGUAGUGCUCUUUUCCUUCAAUAUUAUUAUAAUCGCUCUUGUUUGAGAUUGUAUAAAUGUCCUCGUGUAAGAAUGUCUUGAUUUUUGUGUAUGCCUUUAAAUGAGCUAUUUCUGUAAUUUGUUGGUGUAUUUCUCCCACUGCUUGAUUAAUGAUCAGUGAGGGUGAGAGCAUUUCAUAGCAGUGCCUCUUCUGUCCACUAGGGAGCAGUCACACACCCCAGGUCUCUCCUCACUCUCUUUUUUCCUCUCUCUAGAGAUUAUAUAACUGAUGUUGAUCUGGACAUUAGCAGUCACUCUGGAGUAAACAGGUCAGAGGCAGGUUGUCUGAUCCUUACAGGACAAUAUGAUGACUUUAGACAAACCCUGUUUUUGCACUCUGAAGUCUUACGAUGUGUCCCUUCCUGUCUGUGACCUGUGUGAUCUGAUGUAGAGAUCCUAGUGGCUGAUACAGACCACACAGUGUUCUUAUUGGUUAUCACAGACCACACAGUGUUCUUAUUGGCUAUCACAGACCACACAGUGUUCUUAUUGGUUAUCACAGACCACACAGUGUUCUUAUUGGUUAUCACAGACCACACAGUGUUCCUAUUGUCUAUCACAGACCACACAGUGUUCUUAUUGGUUAUCACAGACCACACAGUGUUCCUAUUGGCUACCACAGACCACUACUAAAGACAUCUCUGCUAGACAUCUCUCCUAAAGACAUCUCUGCUAGACAUCUCUCCUAAAGACAACUCUCCUAGACAUCUCUCCUAAAGACAUCUCUGCUAGACAUCUCUACUAAAGACAUCUCUCCUAAAGACAUCUCUCCUAAAGACAACUCUCCUAAAGACAUCUCUCCUAAAGACAUCUCUCCUACAGACAUCUCUCCUAGACAUCUCUCCUAGAGACAACUCUCCUAAAGACAUCUCUCCUAAAGACAUCUCUCCUAGACAUCUCUCCUAAAGACAUCUCUCCUAGACAUCUCUCCUAGACAUCUCUCCCAAAGACAUCUCUCCUAGAGACAUCUCUCCUAGACAUCUCUCCUAGACAUCUCUCCGAGAGACAUCUCUCCUAAAGACAUCUCUCCUAAAGACAUCUCUCCUAGAGACAUCUCUCCUAAAGACAUCUCUCCUAAAGACAUCUCUCCUAGACAUCUCUCCUAAAGACAUCUCUCCUAGACAUCUCUCCUAGACAUCUCUCCUAGACAUCUCUCCUAAAGACAUCUCUCCUAGAGACAUCUCUCCUAAAGACAUCUCUCCUAAAGACAUCUCUCCUAAAGACAUCUCUCCUAAAGACAUCUCUCCUAGACAUCUCUCCUAGAGACAUCUCUCCUAGACAUCUCUCCUAGACAUCUCUACUAGAGACAUCUCUCCUAAAGACAUCUCUCCUAGACAUCUCUCCUAGACAUCUCUACUAGAGACAUCUCUCCUAAAGACAACUCUCCUUGACAUCUCGACUAGAGACAACUCUCCUAAAGACAUCUCUCCUAGAGACAUCUCUCCUAAAGACAACUCUCCUAGACAUCUCUACUAAAGACAUCUCUCCUAGACAACUCUCCUAGACAACUCUACUAGAGACAUCUCUCCUAGACAACUCUCCUAGACAUCUCUACUAGAGACAUCUCUCCUAAAGACAUCUCUCCUAACAACAACUCUCCUAGAGACAUCUCUCCUAAAGACAUCUCUCCUAGACAUCUCUACUAAAGACAUCUCUCCUAAAGACAUCUCUCCUAAAGACAUCUCUCCUAGACAACUCUCCUAAAGACAUCUCUCCUAAAGACAUCUCUCCUAAAGACAUCCCUCCUAGACAUCUCUCCUAAAGACAUCUCUCCUAAAGACAUCUCUCCUAAAGACAUCUCUCCUAAAGACAUCUCUCCUAAAGACAUCUCUCCUAAAAACAUCUCUCCUAGAGACAUCUCUCCUAAAGACAUCUCUCCUAGAGACAUCUCUCCUAAAGACAUCUCUCCUAGACAUCUCUCCUAAAGACAUCUCUCCUAAAGACAUCUCUCCUAAAGACAUCUCUCCUAAAGACAUCUCUCCUAAAGACAUCUCUCCUAAAGACAUCUCUCCUAAAGACAUCUCUCCUAAAAACAUCUCUCCUAGACAUCUCUCCUAAAGACAUCUCUCCUAGAGACAUCUCUCCUAAAGACAUCUCUCCUAGAGACAUCUCUCCUAAAGACAUCUCUCCUAGAGAUCGCUCCUAAAGACAUCUCUCCUAAAGACAUCUCUCCUAAAGACAUCUCUUCUAGAGACAUCUCUCCUAGACAUCUCUCCUAAAGACAUCUCUCCUAAAGACAUCUCUUCUAGACAACUCUCCUAAAGACAGGUCUUAUAGCCCGUCGUAUUGACGCUGGGCUAACGCGUGUUCUAUACCAUCUUAAUGCACACAGGUAACAGGGCUAAUUCAAUGAAAGGUCAUUAUUCUAUUUAUUCAUGUUUACUCUAUUUGUUGGCCGUAGUGCGAUAAGGACAGCGCUACUCAGAAGGGCCGGACUAACAAAUGACACGUUAACAUCAAAUAAAUAACAUAAAUGUAUUGUUUUAUUUAAGGUCUUCUCCGCUACUUUGUUCACGGUGAAUAAUAUGACUGCUACCUGUUAUGAUGAAGGUUUAAAACGGAGACGAACACUGUAGCCAGUGUACAGUCAGAAGAUAACUGAAAAGAGAUUAACACUGUAGCCAGUUUACAGUCAGAAGAUAACUGAACAGAGAUUAACACUGUAGCCAGUUUACAGUCAGAAGAUAACUGAACAGAGAUUAACACUGUAGCCAGUUUACAGUCAGAAGAUAACUGAACAGAGAUUAACACUGUAGCCAGUUUACAGUCAGAAGAUAACUGAACAGAGAUUAACACUGUAGCCAGUUUACAGUCAGAAGAUAACUGAACAGAGACGAACACUGAGAGUGUUGACCUGUUGACUAUAAGAGUGUUGACCUGUUGACUAUAAGAGUGUUGACCUGUUGACUCCUGUUGACUAUAAGAGUGUUGACCUGUUGACUAUUAUAAUGUUGACUCGUUGACUAUUGAAAUGUUGACCUGUUGACUAUUGAAAUGUUGACCUGUUGAUCUGUUGACUAUUAGAAUGUUGACUCGUUGACUAUUAGGGUUGACCUGUUGACUAUUAGAAUGUUGACCUGUUGACUAUUAGAAUGUUGACCUGUUGACUAUUAGAAUGUUGACUCGUUGACUAUUAUAAUGUUGACCUGUUGACUAUUAGAAUGUUGACUCGUUGACUAUUAGGGUUGACCUGUUGACUAUUAGAAUGUUGACCUGUUGACCUUUGGAAUGUUGACCUGUUGACUAUUAGAAUUUUGACCUUUUGACCAUUGGAAUGUUGACCUGUUGACUAUUGGAAUGUUGACCUGUUGACCAUUGGAAUGUUGACCUGUUGAUCUGUUGACUAUUGGAAUGUUGACUUGUUGACGAUUAGAAUGUUGACCUGUUGACUAUUAGAAUGUUGACCUGUUGACCAUUGGAAUGUUGACCUGUUGACCAUUGGAAUGUUGACCUGUUGACUAUUGGAAUGUUGACCUGUUGACUAUUAGAAUGUUGACCUGUUGACCAUUGGAAUGUUGACCUGUUGACCAUUGGAAUGUUGACCUGUUGACUAUUAGAAUGUUGACCUGUUGACUAUUAGAAUGUUGACCUGUUGACCAUUGGAAUGUUGACCAGUUGACCAUUGGAAUGUUGACCUGUUGACUAUUGGAAUGUUGACCUGUUGACUAUUAGAAUGUUGACCUGUUGACCAUUGUAAUGUUGACCUGUUGACCAUUGGAAUGUUGACCUGUUGACUAUUAUAAUGUUGACUUGUUGACCAUUGGAAUGUUGACCUGUUGACUAUUAGAAUGUUGACUUGUUGACUAUUAGAAUGUUGACCUGUUGACCAUUGGAAUGUUGACCUGUUGAUCUGUUGACUAUUAGAAUGUUGACUUGUUGACCAUUGGAAUGUUGACCUGUUGACUAUUAGAAUGUUGUUGCCUGACUGAAUCCUGUGUUUCAAUACAAGAUUAAUAAAUCAAACAGAUUAUUUUAAGAUGAA